AUGACGAUGCGAGUUGUGCCCAGCGUAUUGGGCAAGAGAGGAUUUCAGGAGCCCUAUGGCACCGCAGCUCGACUUCCUCUCCUCGUGGCCUCUCGACGCCUCUGUCUUGCUUAUGGUGCUCGCCAUUACGCUACUGUUGAAGAAGAUGCCAGGCGUGAUGCUGGUCCACCGCCGGGAUUCGACGCGUCCACAGCGAAACAAGUCCCAAACUCGCUCUCGUAUACGAAAUCGCCGUCCUCCUCGAACACUGGCAACCUCUCUGAGAAAAGACAGACCUCCGUCGAUGGAUCUACCAAAUCCGAUUCUUCUACACUGAACCCCUCCGACUGGGAAGAGAAUCCAGACCUCAGUAUAUCGAAAUUCUCCGAGCUUCCUGGAAAGGAUUUUGGGGUCAAUCAACAUAUAAUCAUCAAUGAAGAAUUCAAGGAAGCGUUAAGACAGAUACUUUGGAAAUUCCGGGCACCUAUCCGUUAUGCCUUUGCAUAUGGCUCGGGUGUGUUUUCCCAAAGUGCAGGGACCGACGUUGGGAUCGCAAAUCUUCACCCUUCACCACCUGCUGCCAUAUCGAAAGUGCAGAAUGGAAAUCAGAAGAUGAUUGAUUUUAUAUUUGGGGUCUCCUACACUCAGCAUUGGCAUUCGCUAAAUUUGUCCGAGCACCGCGACCACUACUCGGCUGUUGGGUCACUUGGAUCGUAUGCCGUGUCCAAAAUCCAAGAUUCAUUUGGAGCAGGUGUAUAUUUCAACCCUUAUGUCACCAUCAACGGUACGUUGAUCAAAUACGGUGUAGUCAACUUGGAUACCUUGUGUAAAGACCUCUCAGAGUGGAACACCCUCUACCUGGCCGGUCGAUUGCAGAAGCCUGUCAAGAUUCUGCGGGAUAAUCCGGCCGUGCGAUUGGCGAACCAAGUCAAUCUUAUCGCCGCAGUUCGCACAGCCCUUCUUCUCCUUCCAGCCGAAUUCACCGAAAAAGACCUUUAUUCCACCAUCGCUGGCAUUUCGUACAUGGGAGAUCCACGAAUGACCGUGGGCGGAGACGAUCCCCGCAAAGUUGAAAACAUUGUGACGCAUCAACUCUCCAACUUCCGUCGUCUAUACGCGCCAUUGAUCGAUAAUUUGCCCAAUAUCUCGUUCAAUGAUUCGGUUUGUUCACGCCACAACUGGCUGGAUGAUGCUACUGUGAACGCCAAGUUGGCUCAGAAUAUGGAUCCCGUCACACGUGGACACAUGGUUCGACGCCUUCCCAAUGCCUUCCGACAGAAGUUAUACUUUGAAUAUCAGUCCAAGUUCAAGAUCCCACGAGGAGAGUUUAUGAAGAUGCUCGAAAAGACGAAAGAUGAGGAUCCCGAGCGCAUUCGGAAACGCGAGGGUGGACCUUUCGAGCAACGAAUCGCUCGAGAUACUGAGGGUGGCGGAUUGCGAGAAGAAGUCCGUCAGGUCAUCGAGUCGACUAUCCGCUGGCCGAGCUUCAUACAAAGCCUCAAAGGUCCCAUCACGGCUGGUAUUUCCAGGAGUUGGCGGUAUGCAAUGGAAAAAAGGCAGAAAGCGAAGAAAGGAGCUCUGGCCAUGAAAGAAGAGAACAAGAAAAUGUAG